AUGAAUAUUUUUAUAAUAUUUUGUCUGUUUUUUGGAUUCACUGUGGGUUACGGUAAGUGGACAAUACACGUUUUAGAAAUUGGCCAAAAAUUAGGGGCUCUGAAAAAAUGUUUGAAAUUUUGGCAAGGAUCUAUGUUCCAAUUAAUUAAUAAUUUGAUUAAUUCUUGAAGAAAGCUCAAAAUUUUAUUCAAAAAUAUUUUCUGGAACAAAUUUUUUAGUGUUCAUAAAAGUGAGCCGAAAUUUGGGAUUUUUUUUCCGAAGUUUCUGACUCUAUUCCUAAAUUUAUCCAGACAACCUGAAACUCUCCAAAACACAAAAAAAUUGCACGGCUUUCAUGAUCAUCCAAAAUUUUCAGCUGGUCGAGCUUGUACUCAUUCACUUCAAUGUGAACGUGGCACAUUUUGCAAUGAAGGAGCUUGUCGAAAAGAUACUUGUAGUUCAGAUUCAAAUUGUGAAGCUGGAGAAGAAUGUCGACCUGGAAAUGUGAAUGGAAGACAAAAAUCGGGGUGCUUUUUGGUUACUACAAUUUCAACUUCUGGUAAAUUUAUGAAAAAAUUAUUUGGGGAAUUUCCCUGUUCUAAAAACAAUUAACCCCCAAAAUAUUUUCAGCUGAUUACUGUCCAGGCGGUGCACUUGUUCUAUCUUCUCUCGGUUCAAUUACUCAAUGUGAUUUAUCAUCUCAAUGUCCAUCAACUCAUAUUUGUAAUCCAAUUCAUGGAGUUUGUUGUACAAGUAAUUUAUGAAUUCCAGAAUUCCUCCCCAAAUCAACAUAUUUUCAGAACUUCCAACUUGCCCAAAAACUCGCAAAACAAUGUUGAAUUUCAUCACAGGAAAACCAAUAAUGUGUCAAUUCAAAAAUGGUCGAAUAAUGCCUUGUCCAGAAUCAGGAUACUGUGAACAAACAACUGGAUUCUGUUGUGGGAAUCAAGAAAUUCCAGAGGUCCCAAAAUCCAACAAAGGUCUCGAAAAACUUUCAGAAAAACCAUGGCGCGGUGAAAUUUGUCAACCUGUGACAGGUUGUUCUGGUGGAGCUGCUUGUAUUUGUGGCGGAAGAGGAGGAACACUUUGUAAAUGUGAAUGUUCCGGAGAAUUUGGGUAUACUGUAGCUGCUGAUGGGAAAACGUGUCAAAGAGUUCGAAGAAGAUUGAAAGAAAAAUGUCGAACUGAUAUGGAGUGCUCAGCUGCAUUUUCAGAAUGUUCUUCGGGUGGAUGUAGAUGUAAAAGAGGAUUUAAAAGAAAUGGAGAUGGUGGAUGUGAACCUAUUGGUAAACACUUCUGAUUUCUCUUUUUAUUUCAAAUUUUUGCAAAUUUUCAGAAUAUCGUUGUGUAAACAAAGGAACUGUUUUAAAGAAAAACGAGAAAAUCGUAACUUGUCAUUUGAAACAUACAACACUUCGAAGUGUUUUCAAAAGUUUAAAAGUCACAAAAACAAAUGAAACAGACGAUGAAACAUUCGAAAAAUUAAUGAAAGGAAUAACUCUAGAUCUCGCAAAUAACGAAACAAUGUUUGAUUCUUCUUCAAUUUCUGAUCGAGAUGAUUGUCCAUCUGAUCAUUAUUGUGUUCCGGUUUUUGAUGAUUCAAGUCGACCUGGUUAUUAUCAAGGAUUUUGUUGUCCAUCUCCAACUGAAAUUCGGCCAACUUGUCCAGUUGGAGAAGCACAUGAAUCGAGUUAUCCGCCAGAUUAUGGAUGUUCGAAUUGUCCUGGAGAUUAUUAUUGUCAUCGCGAUGCAGUUUCAACAGAGAAAACGGUAAGAAUAAUAAUGGAGCUUGGACUCGGGAAUAAAAUAAAACCCCAAAAGACUGUGUCGGGUACUGUAAUUUUUCAGAAUCGAAUUUUAUUUUUUUUCAAAAGAAAUUUUAAAAAAAACGAAAUAAUUCCCAGGUUUUCGCACAAAAUUCCUGAGUUUUUUAACAAAAAAUCAUCUGAAAAAUUUCUAGAUGUUCAAAAUUCCUUGAAUUCCAGAUUUGUUGUCCAAAACCAUGUGUAUCACUUGAAGAUAUUUAUCACGAAGGACAAUGUUAUUCAACUGCAUAUUACGGUGACAGUUGUCAUGUAUGUUUUUUCCCUGAUCUAAAAAACUCUCAAAUUCCCCAAAUUUCAGAUCUCUGCCCAAUGCAGUUAUUCAAAAUCAAUCGAUCACUCAGAAGAAUAUGCGGAGAUUUCGAAACUCGAAUGUUUGAAAAAUAUUUGCAGUUGUCCGGCUGGUUUCAGUUUCGCUGAUGGAACAUGUAAAAGUAAGUGGAAAAAAAUAAUUAAAAGAAAAACUAUUUUUUUUCAGGAAUAAUGUGUUCAAUUGGUUUGAGAGGAGAACCUUCUGUUGAUAAAAGUGGACAAUUAAUUCGAUGUGGAAGAUCUUCAGAUUGUUCAAUGGGACAUAUGUGUGAUCCAAAUACACAUGUUUGUUGUAAAGGAACUAACCGUAAGUCUGAAAAACCUAACAAAAAAUUUCAAAAAAUAAUUUAAGGAUGCCCAAAAGACUAUGUUGAAACUGGCGAACUUUGCACCGAUGAUAAUUGUCGAGGUGUAAAUGAGAUUUGUGAAUGGACAAAGAAUGGAAAAACAAAAAUAUGUUGCACUUAUGAUGAUGAAUAUAGUCUUCUACAGUACCCAAGUGAUAAUCUCAAUUCAUCAUCAACGAUUUCAGUUUUCUAA